UCUAAGUUGUCUUGGACCGUCUAUGUAGUCUGCUUAUCACUUCUCAGCUUGCCGCCGUUACAUAGACACUUUCUGGUAAGUAACCCACUUUCUCUCAACCCAACACUCAUGCCUCCUGCGGAGUCUCUUCGACGUACAGAGCGGUGCACAGCCAUUGUGAAAACUACUGGUAUACAAUGUAGGAAGCGCGGAGAAUUCAUACAGUAUACUACUCCCGGCGGCACUCGGAUAGAGCGCUGCGUCUUCCAUGGUGUUGCCAAGACUGGCGAUACAUACGCGCCUCUGCUUCUAGAGUCCGGUCGCAGGGAGAUGGGACACGUCACCAAAACCAUCGCUGUUACUGUCGAGAACCCGCGUAUAUCGAACCCCAUCGAAUCCCGACCAAUAGCUCGCAGUCUUACUGCCCGCUCGGACACCUCCCUGCCUAGGUUUGCACGAUCCGACAUUACCACGUUCGAGACUCAGCACCUCACACAAUUGGACAUCAAGGGCGAGGAAGCUAUCCUUGGGAAACGGUUGACAAACGCCAGAAGGAGGCAAGCGGAGGGUUGCAUCGACGUAAAACAGGCUCUCUACGAUGCAGCCUCUGGUGGUAGUGUGAACCAGCAGAUAACUGCACUCCUUCACACCUCCAUGUCUGGCGUUGAGCGACUCAACAUGCUUGACGCAUCCACGAACAAACUUGCCGACCACGUUUACAAGCAGACCCAAAUCCUCACCAAUCAUGAUCAACAGAUACUCGCCCACACCGACGCUCUCAUCAGGCAUGACGAGCGCAACAAAAAGGUCCAACACACAUUGGCAGACGUAGAACGCCGUCUCGCUAGGCUGGAGGUCAGGAGCAACGCCGAGUCAACGAGGCCGGUUAGGUCCGCGCCAACGCAUGCACUGCCAUCCUUCGGAUCAUCUUUCGGAAUGAAGAAGGGCAAACACGACACUCUCGUCGAGGUAGACGAUUCGGAUACCGACGAGGAUGAUAUGCAUGAGUAGAACAUGGGUUUCUGGUAAUCUAUCUGGGACACUGUUCCUUGCAUAGAACUUGAUCGAAAGAGAGAAAUACUACACGCUUAACACAGUGCCGGCUU